GUGGUCUCUGGCGCUGGGCGGUCCUCAUCAGCCGAUCGUGGUAAUUCUGCCGCCGCCGCACUAUAAGAAGAUGCCAUCGGUCAGGUUUCAAGCUUGCGAUAAAGAGUUGAUGCGCAUACUUACUUCUCCGCCUCCCCAAUUGUAGCCAUUUUCGUCCCAAUGUACUUCACCGCAUUAAUAGGAGCUUGCUACAGCAACAUGAUACUGAAACAGGGCUUGAAGCUAGAGCUGGCGCAGAGUGAUUGGCUGAAGCUAGGCUGUUCGAAAGGUCGAGGCUGAGUAAGAAGUCGCGGAACUUCCUGGCGCAAUUCGCCCCCACCGUGAAACGCUCUAGCACAUGAUUGGCCCAGCUCCUUCUCCCACCCAUUGAUUCCAUCCAACGUCACUGCAAGGCUGAUGAGAAAUCCACGCGACUUUGCCCUUGCAGCUCUAGCCUCUGAGACCGUAGAUCUGCAGCAUAUUAAGACUCUCGCUGCCUUUCUUCCUUUUUCCUCCAUUCCCAUCUCAUCUUCCACCCAACAACAGCCAGGGCAUCACAAAUCUCUCUCUCGCCCGCCAUGUCUCGCCAUCACCCCGAUCUCGUCAUGUGCCGCAAGCAGUCCGGCAUCGCCAUCGGCCGCCUCUGCGAUAAAUGCGAUGGCAAAUGCCCCGUCUGCGAUUCCUACGUCCGCCCCACGACUCUUGUCCGCAUCUGCGACGAGUGCAGCUUCGGCAACUAUCAGAACAAGUGCGUCGUCUGCGGCGGUGAGGGUAUCUCGGACGCCUUCUACUGCUACGAGUGCACGCGCCUAGAGAAGGAUCGCGACGGGUGCCCCAAGAUUAUAAACUUGGGCAGUUCAAGAACAGACUUAUUCUACCAAAAGAAAACGAAUCGGCAAGCAAAUUACUAGCCCAGCAGUGGCCCGGGUUUGGGCAGGACAGUAGCGGUGGAUUAUUUAAAAACAAAUACUAUAUAUAUCAAAUUGGAAUUAAUCAUACAUAUGGAUUGGAGUUUGGCGGCGUUUUGGUUACGGGGUACCAUUGGCACUUUGUCUGCAAUUUGAACAUUUCUCGUCUGGGCAAAUUCAUGUGGCAACCGCCUUCAGCAGCACGACUCAAAUCUAGACACGUUUCUAUAGAUUGAAAGCUAGAAAUAAAGGCAUAUUCAUCAUAAUUAUCGUGUCCGCCAGGACAAAGGUGGUACACGGUACAGCUAAUACCAGCUAUCCAAGACUAAAACUCCGUCUCAUGCAGAGAAGAU